UCAGGGAGAUCUGUAUGUGCGAGUGCUUGUGGCACAGAGCUAAGUCUCUCAUAGUACUGUCCGCCCAAAGCCCCUAACUGGAUUCAGUGGACACUCCUGAACAGUAUUUGUCAGGAUCCUGCAAGGGCACAUCUGGACUUUUCACUUUUUCAAGGAUCUUGGAUCCAUCCCAUGGACUCUAAUCCCACCAGUCAUUUCUGGUGGGAAACUAUUUGUUCCUUGUUUACUUGGCAAGGGGUGCAGAGCUCCAAUGCUUUCGCUCUGAUCCAGUAGGUUUUGCGGUUUUGCCGUACACCAUUUUCCUGGUCAACCCAUCCUCUUUUACUCAAUACAUCUACCAGAUCGAAUCUUUUGCUUUGUUGCCAAUUCGCCAUGGAUAUUGGCGGCCUAAGCACAGUGGUAGCGAACUCUGCCUACAUCUCAGCUCGUGGCAGCUUCGAUGGCACAGCCAACCCAGCAGCAAACCGGGACAAGAAGUUCCAUUCCAGACUAAAGCUUCCUCACAUCACAGUGUGCGAAGGCCUGAGGGAAACCCUGGACCUUCAGUUCAAGAGCAUCUGCGUUGAACAGCCGAUCGGCAAACGCCUUUUCCAGGAAUAUCUAGAGACCGCUAACGAGUACAAGGGGCCCUGCCGCCUGUGGAAGGACAUAGAGGAGUAUGACACUGCUGAGGAUAAGGAUCGUACCAGCAAGGCCGCCAAGAUCCUCCAACGCUACAUGGAGCCUUCGGCCAAGUACUUUUGCCCCUUCCUGCCCGAAAACGACAUCACCAAGGUGAAAGAGCGCCAUGAGGGAGCUGCCGAUGACUUGUUUGUUGACGUCCUGGCAUGUGUUCUAGACUUUCUCAAAGAAGUCCCCUUCACCUUUUACCUGGAGACCAUGUACUUGAAGAGGUUCUUGCAGUGGAAAUGGCUGGAGAUGCAACCCAUGGGUGAAGAGUGGUUCCUUGAUUUCCGUGUGCUUGGCAAAGGAGGCUUCGGUGAGGUGUCGGCGUGUCAGAUGAGAGGCACUGGAAAGCUUUAUGCUUGCAAGAAGCUGAACAAAAAAAGGCUGAAGAAGAGGAAAGGCUAUGAGGGCGCCAUGGUGGAGAAACGAAUUCUGGCUCGUGUUCACAGCAGAUUCAUUGUUACCCUGGCCUACGCCUUCCAGACCAAGACAGAACUUUGCCUGGUCAUGACCAUCAUGAAUGGAGGAGACCUAAGGUAUCACAUCUAUAACGUAGACGAGAAUAAUCCAGGCUUUGACGAGACGAGGGCAUGUUAUUACUCUGCUCAGAUCAUUCAAGGCCUGGAGCACCUUCAUCAGAAGAGAAUCAUCUACAGGGAUCUCAAGCCAGAGAACGUUCUUCUGGACAAUGAAGGUAACGUGCGUAUCUCUGACCUUGGCUUGGCUGUGGAGUUAGCAGAUGGCCAGGAGAAGACUAAGGGCUACGCUGGGACUCCAGGGUUUAUGGCCCCAGAGCUGCUGAAAGGAGAGGAGUACGACUACUCUGUAGAUUACUUCACGCUUGGGGUCACUCUUUAUGAGUUCAUUGCUGCCAAAGGCCCCUUCAGGACCCGAGGAGAGAAGGUGGAGAACAAAGAGGUGAAGAAGCGCAUCCUGAAUGAACCAGUAGCUUACACAGAGAAGUUCAGUGAGAACGCCAAGUCCGUAUGUGAGGGCUUACUAGCCAAGGAGGUAGACAAAAGACUGGGCUUCAAGAACGGCAGUUGUGAUGAGCUGCGUGCCCACCCGUUCUUCAGCAGUCUCAACUGGAGGAAGCUUGAUGCAGGAAUUCUGACACCUCCAUUCAUACCUGAUUCGAAGACCGUUUAUGCCAAGGACCUUGACGACGUGGGUGCCUUCUCCACUGUGAAAGGGGUCAUGCUGGAAGACCCAGACAAAGAGUUUUUUGAUGAGUUCUCCUCUGGGAAUAUCCCCAUACCCUGGCAGGAAGAGAUGAUCGAGACGGGCAUCUUCGGAGAGCUGAACGUGUGGGGUCCUGGAGGCACAGUGCCCAAUGACCUGCGGCGCGAGUCCAUCCUGGAGCAGCCAAAGUCCUCCACCUGUAGCAUAUCAUAAACCAUCAACCUCUCCAUGCUGAAAGAACUUUCCCUCCCUUUUCCUUCAGCGUAUACUCGCUGUGGUGGUUUAAUGUCCAGUAUGAGAGUAAAGAGGUUAUUAUUUUUUUUUUUUACAUCAUCAUAAAAAUAAAAGACUUCAUACAUGUUUUUAAAAAUAUUAAUGUCAAGAAAGAGAGUCAGGGCAGAGCAGUAUUUGUGAAUAUUGCAGUAUUAGUGAAUAUAUACUGUAAGUAUCCUUUUUUUCUGCAGGGUUGAACCACCAGUGAGCUUUCCCGCUCUCUGCUUUGGAAUUAAUUCUUAGGCUGAAGCUUUUUAAACUUUUUAAUGGAACGUUGAGAGACUUUUGUUAAACCUUCGUUUCAUUGCUCUUCAUCAAACUGAACAUCCACGGAUAGAAAGGGAUCAAAGAAGGGAAUUCUGCAUCCUUUCCUUAUUGUACCUGUUCAUGCAUUUUACCUUUAGAGCUGAACCUGGUCUGUGUUGAUGAGUGAUGCUUCUUGGUUUGAAUAGUGACAUCAAAUGCAUUGCUGUCUUUUUGCUCUGUAUGUUUUUUUAUGUUUACAUUUUGAUCUCAUGUACUUCUAAUUCUCAAAGAACGUUAGUCAAAAUUAGAUGAUUAAUCUAGAUUAAUCUCUUGGUUCAACAUUAAAGAAGUAACUUAAAAAAGUUGAUGCCAUUUGAGAUUUAUCACAAGUAGGGAUGCACCGAAAUUAAUGUGGCUGAAACCCAACAAAAUAGUUAUUUUUUCCAUUUUUGUUUUCAUUCAUUUUGCCAUUUGUUCAGCAGAAUGCAAACUGACAUUCUUGGGUCAUUCUCUGACAUUUUUUAAAAUGCUACCACAGAUCUGACAUAUUUGCUUAAUUUACAAUAAACACAUCACUCCACGCUUGUUGUGAUUAGAUUGUGUCAUCAAAAACAUUGUUCAAUGUUCGAUAUACAUCUUUCCCAAAAUUAUUAUUCAGUGCAUCCCUAAUCAAAACUGGUUAGACAUAACUGGCUAGGCCUGGAACUAUAACUAUAAUUUGUAGCCUUUGGUAGAUUCUGAUUGUCUGUUCUUGAUACACCAUGUGACUGGUAUUUUUGAGUUUAUUGGAGCUGGAGAAAUGGAAAAAUUCAUUAGCUCUGAAAGGUUGUGUGAAGAUUUUUAACAACGAAGGCAAAGGCAUUUACUAAAUAUAGAGGACAUGCUUUUGCUUCCUCAUAGAGUUAAGCAUUGGUAUGCUGAGUGGCCACGCUGAGAUAAGCUUCUACCUGCAGCGUUAGGCCAUAUUUCUAUCAUAUUUUUUUUAACAGAAUAGUUUCAAUAUUUUUCCUUCAUUUUUAUUUGUUUAUUUGUUAUGUAUUCCAGUUUUCU